AGGAAAUCGCCAUGGAGCUGGCCAAAAUGGCGGAGAGAUUACACUUCAAUACUGUUGUUGGUGAAAUGGAUGACUUCAAGUUGACGGACUUGUUGCGCUACUCUCUGGCCAUCUUUGUCACCUCUACCACGGGCCAGGGUGAUAUGCCAAAGAACACAACCACGUUGUGGAAAAGCCUUAGACGUACCAAGCUCAACAAUACCAACUGCCUUGCACCUGUAAAGUUCUCCAUCUUCGGACUUGGUGAUAGCUCUUAUCCAAAACUCGACAGCAUCUAUUUGCCCUGGUACCAGGAGUUGAGAGAGUCAUUGUUAUCUCAAUUCCCUCUUCCAAAGGGCAUUGAGCCCAUACCAGACGACGCUCAACUUCCACCCAAGUACAACAUACGGCUUGUGCCGUCAACCGGCUCAGUCAAGGGCAAAAUAACGAACGGCGAAGGCCAUGUCUCGCAAGUCGAGGACAACGAGCAGUUAGCGGUCAAAUUCGAGCGGAUGAGUACCGACUCGGAAUCAACUGAGGCCCCGUGGCAGAAGGAUGGUACUGACGUCCCAGAUUUUCCGCCAGCGAAAUUGCUGCCAAUACCUCGUUCUUUCACGGCACAAGUUGUUUGCAACAAGAGGGUGACUCCAGAAGACCAUUGGCAAAACGUCCGACACAUCGAAUUUGAACUCCGCAGUCCAGGACGCAAUGGGGCCAUGUCCUUUGCCGGUCAAACACUCUUAAUCUACCCUAAGAACUAUCCCAAGGACGUACAAAAGCUGAUUGACUUGAUGGGGUGGAGUGAGGUGGCCGAGCAGAGAAUCGAAAUUGACUGGGCGAAGGGCACUCGGCCAAGAGACUAUCAUUUCUUGAAGGAUGCAACAAUUCGCGAUGUCCUGACGCACAAUUUCGACAUCAGCGCCGUCCCCAAACGGACAUUCCUCGAGUUCAUGGCCUACCACACCACCAACCCUCUCGAGAAGGAACGUCUUCACGAGCUCACCCAGCGAGGUGACAGCGACGAGUUCUACGAUUACACCUCUCGCCCGCGUCGAACCAUCCUCGAGGUCCUCGAGGAUUUCCCCGGCGUCAAGAUCCCCUAUACUCGACUGCUCGAGUUUCCCAUCAUCCGCCCCCGCGAGUUCAGCCUCUGCAAUGGUGGCGAUCCCACCGUCAACGCCAAGGAUCUGGUCAUCAACGAACAAGACACUACUACUACCACCGAUGUUUACAAGUUUGAAAUCCUUGCCGCCCUGGUCCAUUACCGUACCAUCAUCCGCAAACCCCGCCAUGGCCUCUGCUCACGCUAUCUCCGCCACCUUCCUGUCGGGACCACUGUCCAAAUCGGCAUCAAGCCGCCCAGCAGUCCCUUCUCCAUGGACGACCCGUCCUUCUACUCGCGACCGCUCAUCGGCGUCGCCACGGGGACUGGCAUCGCUCCGUUUCGCGCUUUGCUUCAGGACCGUUGUCUCGUCCAAGACCAGCAAAAGCUGGGCCCAACCCUCCUCUUCUUCGGCUGCCGCAACGCUGCAGCCGAUUUCCACUUCCAGGAGGAAUGGGGGACUGUCCCCAAUCUAACCGUUUACCCUGCAUUCUCCCGGGACAACGACUCGUCCUCUACCGAAGAAGAAGAAACCAAACUUGCCCUCCAACGAGCAGCAGGCAUCUACGACGCAGGCAAGAACUACGUCCAGUACCAAAUCCGACAGCACGCCGCCGAGGUUGGUGAGUUGUUGAGGCAAAAUCCCAUCAUUGUCGUCUGCGGAAAUAGUGGGAGGAUGCCCAAGAGCGUGAGGGAGGCGUUGGAGGAUGCGGCGGUUGGAAGUGGGGUGGUGGUGGAUAGGGAGGAGGCGAAGGGGUGGUUCGAUCGGAAGGAGAAUUGUGUCUAUUGGCAGGAGACUUGGUAG